ACUGACGUUUGUAUGUAUGAUUUGCAAACAACAAUUAUUUAUAAAUUGUGGAAUUGAGCCAUCAGAAGAAAUAGAGAAUAUCAUAAUUUAUUUAAUCUAGCAUCAUUAAUUUAAUAAGUGCUUAAAAUAAAGAAAAGGUUAUUAAAAAAAGGUUUAUUUUAUAAAAAUGAGCCAAUAAUUUAUGGAAGAAGAAGAAAUAAAUGAAUAUUAAGAAAGCUAAGAAAUCAAAGAUAAACAAUCGCUUGAAAUCGAAUAAAGUUAGAAUCAAGUGGUCUAAAAGAAAAAAAGAAUAGUUAAAAAAAGAGCUAAAUGGAUUCCCUUUCUUAUUUAAAAUAAUUUCAAUCCAGAUGAGUAGCCAAUCUAUCUUUUUUACUUCAGAAAAUGUAUGAAAAGUUACGGAAACUAUGAAUAUAAUAAAUAUAGAACGUUUGGAUUUGAAGAAGCUGGUAUAGGAAGAAUAGAAUAAUUGAAAAUUGAUAAGACAUUUGGAAAUAUAGAAAUAUAAUUAGACACUUUUCACAUGGGCGAAACAUCGUUUAAGUAUUUGAUUGACUUAUAUAAGUCAUAUUAAGAUCAAUAGUAUUACUAACUUGCUCUUUCUCUUGAAAAAUAUUAGGAAUGGACAUAGAAUCAACAAAUUAACUUGAAUAAAAUGUUUAAUAAACUAAGAAAGACUAAAUAUAUGCAAUCUCAUGUUGAGGAGCAUUUAAACAACUUUGAAAAUGAUGUAACAUAUUGGAUAUCAGAUUAAUUCCAAAAUGAUAUUUAUGAAGCUUCGUUCGGAUUUUGCAAUGUUGAAAAAAAGCUCCCAGUAUUAAAGAAGAAGAUCUUUUCUAAAAAUUUGAUAAUGUUUUUAGGAGGAGAUCCAAAUAAAAGUUUCUAUUAAAUGUAAAAAUAAAAUAUGAAAGAAAACACAAACUAUCUUUUUGGCGGAGAAGAGUUUGAUGGUAAAAUUUAACUUGAAAAAAUGAUACAUCUGUUAAAUUAAUAAUUAAGUGGUGAAUUAAAAUGUGUUGUUAAAGACCAAGUAAUAACAAUAGAAGGAGUAAUUUUACCGACUACUAAAACUAUAACUACAUACUUUUAUGAUGAGAUUAAAAGAGAAAUCACUUAAACACCUACUUUAUUUUAUAUAAUUGUGACAUAAUACAAUUUCGAAGCAAAUUGGAUAAAAUAUCUUAUGGAUUUGAGAAAUAAUAUGAAUUAAGGAUCUAGUUAUACUUUAGAUCAAUCUUAAAUGAGCUCAGAAACUAUUUCUCAUUAAUCUGAUAAUGUGAUUAAAAAUUUCGAAUUUAUGUGUUAGCAAGAGUAUUUCCUAGAAAAAUUUAAUUACAUCUGAAGAGCAAGCAAGUGAUUGCUACAAAAUUCAUUUAAUCAAUCUUACUCUCAUUCAUUCAUUCAUAAAAUUUAUGCAAACAAACAAACAAAAAAGAAUAAAUUUACAAACAAAACAAACAAAUAACUACUGUAUCAAUAUUAAUAAUUUAUAUAAACAUUUAUCUUACUAGUUGCUUUCUUAAUUUUACUAUUAUAUCUUACAUUUCUCAGUUAAUUCUAAAC